UUCUCCGUGGUCUCCGUUGCUGUAAAGAUGUCGAAUAACGAGAAUGCAGCCGCCCUCCGGCUCACCAAGUUCAAGAACAAGGGCAAGGACACGUCGGAGAUGAGGCGGCGCAGGAUCGAGGUGAAUGUGGAGCUCCGCAAAGCCAAGAAGGACGACCAGCUGCUGAAACGCCGGAACGUCAGCUCCUUCCCCGACGAGCCCACGUCCCCGCUCCAGGAGAAGAACCAGAACGGGCAGACAUCCACCCAGUGGAGCGUGGAAGAGAUCGUCCGUGGCGUCUCCAACGCCAGCCUCGAGAUCCAGCUGCAGGCCACGCAGGCUGCCAGGAAGCUGCUGUCUCGGGAGAGAGAGCCUCCCAUCGACCGCAUCAUACAGGCCGGGCUGAUCCCCAGGCUGGUGGGCUUCUUGGGGCGUUCGGACUGCAGCCCCAUGCAAUUCGAGGCGUCCUGGGCUUUGACCAACAUCGCGUCGGGGAACUCGGAGCAGACCAAGGCGGUGGUGGACGGGGGUGCGAUCCCGGCCUUCAUCUCUCUGCUGUCCUCUCCUCAUCCUCACAUCAGCGAGCAGGCCGUGUGGGCCCUCGGCAACAUAGCUGGUGAUGGCUCCGCCUACCGCGAUCUGGUGAUUAAACACGGAGCCGUUCAGCCGCUGCUGGCGCUUCUCGCCGUUCCUGAUCUCUCUGCGCUGCCGACGGGCUACCUGCGCAAUGUCACGUGGACGCUGUCUAACCUCUGCCGUAACAAGAACCCGGCCCCGCCGCUGGAAGCCGUUCAGCAGAUCCUGCCCACGCUGGUGAGGCUUCUGCACCACGAUGACCGCGAGGUCCUGGCAGACACGUGCUGGGCGGUCUCCUACCUCACCGACGGCUCCAACGAUCGCAUCGACGUGGUGGUGGGCACCGGCCUGGUGCCCCGGGUCGUCCAGCUGCUCGGAUGCGGGGAGCUGACUAUAGUGACUCCGUGUCUGCGCACCGUGGGGAAUAUCGUGACCGGCACAGACGACCAGACCCAGGCGGUGAUCGACGCCGGUGCCCUGGCCGCGUUUCCUGACCUCCUCAGCCACCACAAGAACAACAUUCAGAAGGAAGCGGCCUGGACUCUGUCCAACGUGACGGCCGGGCGCCAGGACCAGAUCCAGGAGGUGGUCAACCACGGGCUGCUGCCGUAUCUGGUGGACAUCCUCAGAAAGGGAGACUACAAGACGCAGAAGGAGGCUGUGUGGGCCGUCACCAACUACACCAGCGGUGGCACCAUCGAUCAGAUCAUCUACCUGGUCCAGUGCGGGGUCAUCGAGCCGCUCGCCAACCUCCUCUCGGCCAAAGACAGUAAGACGGUGCUCGUGGUCCUGGACGCCUUCACCAACGUAUUUGCCGCUGCUGACAAACUCGGGGAGACGGAGAAGCUGUGCCUGAUGGUGGAAGAAUGUGGGGGUCUCGACCGCAUCGAGUCGCUUCAGACCCACGAGAACGAGCAGGUCUACAAAUCGGCCGCGGGGCUGAUCGAGAAAUACUUCUCCACCGAGGAAGAAGAAGAGUCGUCCAUCGCCCCGGAGGCCACGUCCGACGGCUACACCUUCCAGGUCCCGGAGGGCACUCACACCACCUUCGACUUCUGAGCGCUGCCUCGUCCGUCUGUCUCCUGUCUGACCAUCUCUGUCCGUCCGUCCGUCCUUUUCCGUGUGACGUCGUAGCACUUUGUCUGUACAUACUGUGAAUGUCUGUAAAUAAACCCCUUUUUAGCUCCGUGGGGUGGGUUUUUUGCACCGAGUGGGGAUUCCGCGUUUCCUGUUAGAACCACUACGUCUGAUCUGGUUAGAAUCGGAGCGGCCCGUUUCCGGCCCCCUGGUUUGGGGGGGGGCACUUCGCUGUCCUGCAAACAGUAAAGGUGGGCUUAAUUAACCCCUUGGCAGCUGUUGCAUUGACAUGCCGGUCCUGGUGUCCGUGGCCCGUGCCGCCUGUUUAUAUUUCCAAUAAAAUAUUUUCCAACA